CCGCUUCCUCAUCAGUCAGUGAACCAGACCUGUCUCCUUCCUCUACUAUUUGGACGCUCUUCUGACCGAGGCCGGUGGCUUUCAACAUCCUUCAUCUCUUUGUUGCUCGAUUUGUUCCCCUCCACUUCCCGCGCUCCGAUUUCCUUGACUAUAGUGCGGGAACGCCCAUCUCAUAUUCGACUUGCGAGCUCCGGAAACGACUACUUUCAACCACAACCAGGAUUGAGCUGAACUCAUUUGGACACGUCUUAUAACGAACAGCAAUGCGCGAGAGCAACUUUGCUUUCCCGGCCCAAAACAAGGCCUGCGUGUGCAUCACCUCCCAGCUCUAUGACCGACGAGCUUUGGACACAUCGGCGCCUUUGCCGCUCUUCAAUUCCCUGACACAUCUAACUUAUCUCACGUCGACCUCUCCUCGUAUCCGCGAAAUCAUGACCAUGGAUGGCGGACUUGAGCGUCUCGUUCGAAUUCUUCGAGACUUUUGCUUUUCUCCACCACCACCCGUUCCAGCGUCCUCUUUCUUCGGGCUAUUACCCCCGAACUACUACUCUCCUCGGCCCGCUCCGCAACUAAACCCACCCUCCGGCCAGUUCGAUAAACACGCCGCGUAUCGUUUCAGCCUCGCUUUCCAAUGCGUUGUCAAUAUUGGCGUCCGUGGUAGUGAGCCGAUCCGCAGUCGAGUUGUCGAAGCUGGUACGCUAGAUGUUGUGGGGUGCAUCCUCGAGGCGUGGCUGGUUGGACGAGGAUUUGCUGUUGGUCCAAGCACAAGCGCCACUGGCCUUCCUCGCGAGAGUCGGGAAGCCAGAGCAGCGAGACGAGCCGCAGCUGCUGCUGCUUCUAGGAGAACUCGCGGUGAAUUGGACUCAUCCCAUACGUCUCAACGCUCAUUAGCCAUCGAUACGUCUGCAGCCCGACGUGCUGACGGCAAUCAUAUUCAUCGUGCGGCUGCGACUUCCCCUCGACACCAAGGAGAAGAAGACAUCGAAGCCGCGACGCCGAUCGUUCGGGAUAGAAGCGCUACCGUCGUGGUUCGUCGACGGGGCGAUACCAGCCACGUGCACAAUUCCGGUCACAAUCACGGUCGCGACAACACGAACAUGUACUCUGGCGACACCAAUGCCAACAAUCCGGUAUCUCCCGCUGCAGCUUUGCAGGCUUUACAGCAGCUCGCCGCCGCGCAGAAUGUUUCUCUACCCGAUGGCCAUCCGCCGUCGCCGUCACUGUCUGCCCUCAGCACGACCAGUGUCACGGGUAGUCCGAACAGCACUGCAAGCCCUGACGCAAGGUCCCGGAGCCGGGCAAGCUCAUUGGCUUCUCCGGUUAGUAGAGCGUCGCCUGUGGGCAGCUCGAUCAGUAGCAGCCGUGCCAGUCCCAGCCCCAGUGCCCGUACCGACACCGACACCGACGGUGACGGUGACGGCGACGUUGAGAUGGUCGCAGCUGCUGUUGCUGGACUGGCCAUGGGUGUCAGUGGGCCAUCGAACGUCACUGAUCUGCGAUCGAGGAUUGGAGAUUCCAGCGCGAGCGCGAGCCCCAGCCCACCUCCGUUGAAUGUGGUGCAGGCUGCUGUCGAGCAGGCUGCGAUGAAUGCAGCCAAUUUAAACGCAAAUCUUACCGCCAUUAACCAGAACAUGCCUAUGCCUAUGAUGAUGGGACUUGCACGCGACCCUCGAAUUGUUGGAGAGGAAGGUGGAAUGGGCAUAGCUAUGGGGCUCGGAGGUGAUGAUGGAAUGGACGGCGAUGCGACGAAUAUGAUGUUGAAUAUGGGAAUGAUGAACGAGGAGGUUGGGAUGCUUGGCUUGGACGGGGGCAUGAUGGACAUGAACAUGGUCAUGGGCAUGGGUGCUUUGGGCAUGAUGGGUGGGAUGCCCAUCCCUGUUGGGAUCACAGACGCUCAUGCUUCCGGCGGGACCGACUCCGAGGCUCGGGCCGACACGGAUGCCGACGCUGAGGAAAGUGAUGCACCGCCUAUUUCUACCGGUCGAAGGAGAGUUGAAGAAGAGCAGACACAGACGCCUCGUGCAGGAGUCGUUCAAUUGCCUGCUCCCGAGUCGGCUGUCUAUGAAGAAGAGGGUGAAAUGGAUGAAGAGGAAGGCGAAGUGGUCGUUGCCGUGCGCGAUCGGGGUGGCUCCAUGCGUCGGGCAGGAACUCUCCGUGCCGCUCGCAUGUCCGAAAACAAUGAUACCGCCGAGCCCAUCGCAUCCACAUCCCAAUUGACGGCGCGGCCGAUUUCUCCGAUAUCUCGACCGACUAAUCCGGGUGCACCUCGGGUCCCUGCUUUGGCACCACCAGUCACAACACGCUCUCGGCGAGUCGCUGCGACGGAUAGUAUAGACGUGGUUCCCACCAUCGUCCUCCCUCCGGCAGGCCCUGCCAUUCGCAAUGAACGACACCACCAUUCACAUAACGCUGCUCACCAGACUGGCCCGUACCGUGACGAAGACGUGCUGCUUUCGCUGCAGCUGCUUGCUUACCUCAGCAAAUAUCCCCAUGUGAGGCAAGCAUUCUACAAGCGCCGGAAUGGCUUCCAUCCCGCCAGUGCUUUGGCUGUUGCAGCAGCCAAGACUUUGCCGACAGAAAGCUCAGAACCCAGACCUACGGAGUCAAAGGCGCGACAGGGUCCCGUCAAUCAACAACUGGCAUUCUUCCGUGCGUUCGGUCCAAAAGAGGGCAGGGCUCCUGUGUCGAGGACCGGACCUCCUGCCGUAACACAGCCCGCAAAACCGAGCAACACCGCUCCAGCGCGAUCGGGCAAUGAAACGAAUGUUUUCUCACUGGUAGAACGCUUCACUUUCCGGCCUUCCUCAAGCGAAAUCGAUCUUCCCAACCCUCCACCGAAAUUGCCGCCAGAGAUCCAAUAUUGGGCAGGCGUAAUCAUGCGCAAUGCGUGUCGCAAGGACGAUAGCCGAGGUGGAAUCCGUCAGUGCGCCAACAUGCUUUGCGGUCGAUGGGAAGCCUACCCUCGCGAGUUCGCUAAAUGCCGUCGAUGCCGCAAAGCGAAGUACUGUGGCAAGGACUGCCAAAGCACAGCAUGGAGCGAGGGACACAGAUUCUGGUGCAGUGCAAAAGAGGGAGAUGAUGCACCCGAUGCGACAGUCAAUGCGACGAGCAUGCUCCCAUCGACAAGUACGGCAACCAUUGUACCAGAAGAUCCAGGAGCUGGCGAGCGAAGAGAUCGACGCACCAGAGAACGCGAACGGACAAAUGUGGAUGUGACUGAUACAAGCACCAUCCGUGCAAUCAGGCCAGCUGCAAUCUUGAAUGCAAUUGCGGGUCCUAGCCGAGUUGGUACCGAGCCCGCCGGUGAUGUACCACGGUCACGAGCUAUGGCGCUACUGCGACGAAACGGUAACCCGUUUGCGGCCGAUACCACUUUGCAUCAUCCCCAGCCGCAGAAUACUGCUGACAUUGGCCGGUAUCUUGCCAGCUUUGGUGCACCCACUCCUGGUACUCUAGCUGGCGGCCGUACUGCGGAGAAUGAGGCAUCAUCGGCUGGAAAUGCUGAUGAAAUGGAUACAGAUUAGGUCCCCUCGUCGUUUGCUGUUGUUAUGUUACAUGCACUCUUCAUCCGUUGCACCUCUUGUCAAAUCAUAACCUGCCUGUCACUACUAUUGCCACCAACUAUACUCAUACCAUCACUGCUAUCAAACGCAUUCCAUCUAUACAUUUUGCCCAAUCGAUGCAUUUCCAGCUACUAUUCAUGAAAUGGGAUGUAUGGGCCAGUCAAAUAGAAGUGAUGUAUGUGAUGAUGAUCUUUGGUGCUAUCCCUAACACCGCAACCCUCAGUACCAAUAUCUCUACCAAGUUGAGCAUGAGCUACAGUCAAUUACCACCUAAUGAGAUGGCUAAAUACUCAUUGCCUUAAUGCAGUCAAAUCUCAGCCAAAACUCCCAAUCAAAGUUGAUGAGCAGUCAGAUAGGACCACCUAAGGAACAUCUGCCACGGAGGGUACCCCCCCUCCAAGGGGGGUAAAAUUGAUCCAUUUUGACCCCCUAGUAGGGGGUACCCUCUGCAUCUGAGGUGAUCCUCCACACCAAAGCUCUGCAAAUGGGUGCUAAGCAUCUGCAUCUUGUCCUAUAAGUGGCAGUGGAUCCAUCUGCUCCCAGCUUACCCCAAGAUCCUUAUGAUGCC